UCAAACAAACCCCGUUACUUCAUCACUGUUGGAGAAUAUUCAGUUCUCCUGAAUCAACCGCUAUUUCUAGAGAAGAUCAAUCUAAUUCACCCCUCCAAAUCUCAAAAUCGACAAUCCAAUAAAUCUCGAAAUCAAUCAUUCAAUCCAGUGACGGUUGCAUUCGGUCAGCAGCAGUUGGGACUAUGAGGAAGAGGGAGAGAGAAAAUCCCUGCGCGAUUUGCGGCCACUACCACAAGUUCGAGGAGGGCGAGGUCUGCGGCAUCUGCGGCCACCGUAUGCCCGCCGGCGCCGACAAAUCCGCCGCGCACGUCAGCGCCUUCCCCUCCGAGAUCCUAUCCGAGUUCCUCUAUUUAGGUAGCUUCGACAAUGCUGCCCGCAGCGAGCUUCUCAAGUCCCAGGGCAUCUCAUGUAUUCUUAAUACUGUCCCUGCUUGUCAGAAUUUGUACAGGAACACUUUUACCUAUCACUGUCUACAGUAUGAUAAAAAACUGCCAUUUGAAGAUGCAAUUCAGUUUCUGGAGCAAUGCCAACAAGAGAGGGCUCGGGUUCUUGUGCACUGCAUGACUGGUAAAAGCAGGUCUCCUGCCAUAGUAAUGGCUUUCUUGAUGAAAAGCAAAGGCUGGAAACUCUCACAGAGCUAUCAAUGGGUGAAAGAACGCAGGCCUUCGGUCGAACUACAUCCAGCUGUGCACCAACAACUCCAGGAAUUCGAGCAGAAACUGUUUCACUCAAUACAAGAUAGUGCUGUGGGCAUGUCUUCUUUAAGCUUUGGCGUUUCAAGGCCAAAUGAUACACCAUUAGCCCCAGCAGCAGCUCCAGUUUUCACUAACACUAGCAGUGCUUCGGUUUUCGCCUGUCCCUCGCUCAACGUGCCCCCUCAAGAAUUCACCUUUGGAGCAGGCCUAACUCCAGAAGCCACACCACAUAACUCUGGUGUCACAACCAGCACCGCCAAUAUCCCUGCUGUCAACGACAUUUCCAUGGAUGGUUCUUGACUGGUUGGGUUGAAAUCACACGUUGCUCUUGAGAAGUAGGGUUUUAUAGCGAAGGUGGGAUGGUGAAGUGAUGAUUUUCAGCACUCUAGCUAUUGAUGAACUCAUUGGAACCUAGCCACCCGUCUGUCUCUCGUGAAAAUCGAUAUAGAUGAGAAUUCCUUGGUGUUGAAUUUUAUUUGUUUUUUGUUUUAUUUAAUAAAAUACGAUACUUUUCUAAAUUCA